UUCCUAGAACUCCAGAUAAGCAGUGGAUUGCUAAAAGUCCAAACUUACAAAACUUGCAGGCCUCAUUCUAGAUUCAACUUGCUCAAAUGGUCUAACCGAGUUAAUAAUUUAUAAUUGAAUACAGUUCUAGAUGACUCAACAUCUAGUAACUAAAUUUGCCUGAAAUGUUGAAGGGCAGGAUUAUUAGCAUUCAUCACUUAGUCUAGCUUCUUAUUUUGGUGCCUUUUAUCCCUUUUAAUCCUUCUGUAGCUUAUACAAUGCAAUUUCUUGCAUUAUAUGCUCCCUAUUUUCUCUUACUUUCAUGCAUACUGCAAAAUUACCAUUCCAUUAAAGCCCAAGUAAUUGACAAUUUUUUGAACUGUAACGGAACUGUCAAUUAUACUUCCGGGAGUGUCUAUGAGCAUAGGUUGAACCUCACCCUCAAUUCCCUUGUUGCCAAUGCCUCUCUCACAGGAUUCUACAUGACAAACGUCGGUGACACAAAUGACACAGUUUAUGGACUUGUUCAAUGCAGGGGAGACCUCUCAAAAAAUGAUUGCAAUACUUGUGCAAACACAGCAGCCACAAAGAUCAGGCAACUAUGUCUAAGCCAGAAGGAGGCUUCCAUUGGCUAUGUUAAUUGUUCAUUACAGUAUUCCAACCGGCGUUUUUUCUCUACUUUCGACAGCUUUCCCAGAUUAAAUUUACACAAUUACAAGACAGCACCUGAUCCGGUUCUUUAUAAUCGUCAGCUGGGUAACUUGGUUAAGAAUCUAUCUUCAAAAGCUGCAUCUGAUCCUUCCAGAUUUGCCAUUGGGUUCACAAGUUACACAGAUUUCAUUGAUAUAUAUGGUAUGGCUCAGUGCACCCAAGACUUGGCAGAGAACAGCUGCUUAAUUUGCCUGCAAGAGAUUGCUUUUUAUAUUCCCCAGGAUGGAACAGUUGGGGUUACAUUGCUUUCUAGGAGUUGCAAUCUUCGCUAUGAGAUAUAUUCGUUUUCUGUGUCACCAUCACGCAAUCAAACACCUCCAGCAGCAUUGCCUCCAUCUCCUUUGUUGCUUGAGCCUACACCAGCUACUACUUCUACUACCACUGGUAGUAAUACUACUAAAACUGGUGAUGCUAGAAACAAAAUUAGUUCUGGAACCAUCAUUGUCAUAGUUAUCCCAGCAGUUGUGGCAUUGAUAGUGAUAAUAGCAGUCACAACCUGCAGUUGUUACUUGCUGCGGAAAAAGAGUCAAUCUGCUACACACCAUGAUGAUGUUCUUGAAGAUGGUAAUGAUACCAUGGAUGAUGCACUUGUGAUUGGACUAAGUACACUUAAAGUUGCAACAAGCGAUUUCUCAGAUGCGUAUAAACUUGGAGAAGGCGGAUUUGGUCCAGUUUACAAGGGAAAGCUACCAGAUGGACGAGAAAUAGCUGUUAAAAGGUUAUCAAGUAACUCAGGGCAGGGUCUACAAGAACUAAAAACUGAAGUAGUUCUGGUUGCAAAGUUGCUGCAUCGGAAUUUGGUGAGGCUGUUAGGCUUCUGCUUAGAAGAUGAAGAGAAGCUACUCGUGUAUGAGUACCUAAGCAAUGGGAGCUUGGACAAAAUUUUAUUUGAUCAGGGGAGAAGAUUUGGUUUGGAAUGGGAAAGACGGUUCAAAAUCAUUGUUGGAAUUGCUAAAGGACUACUUUAUCUACAUGAAGAUUCUCAGCUUAGGAUUAUUCACCGAGAUUUGAAAGCCAGCAAUAUCCUGUUAGAUGAGGACAUGAAUCCCAAGAUAUCCGAUUUUGGCUUAGCCAAACUGUUCUGUGGUAGCCAGACUCAUGGCAAUACAAAUCGGAUAUCUGGUACUUUUGGAUACAUGGCACCUGAAUAUGCUAAGAAUGGGAACUUUUCGACAAAAUCGGAUGCCUACAGCUUUGGCAUUUUAGUUUUGGAAAUUAUAACAGGUCGAAAGAACUCUAGCUUCCGUGAUUUUUCAAAUCUUCAGAGUUAUGCAUGGCAACAUUGGGCAAAUGGAACAGCUUUGGAUAUGUUGGACUCAAGUGUAGGGGAUCAUCAGUGGCGUAGAUUUGAAGUUUUAAAGUGCAUCCACAUUGGGCUAUUAUGUGUUCAAGAAGCUCCUACUGAUAGACCAACCAUGUCUGAGGUUGUUAUGAUGCUAAAUAGCUACACUCUUACCUCCCAGGUACCUUCACUUCCAGCAUUUUUCGUCCGGCAAGGAAGCUCUGCUCAUUCGCAGCAGUUGGGGGCUUGCAGGGAAAGUUCUGCUGCUUCUGAAGUAUCUCAAUCAGUAAAUGACGUUACAAUAACCGAGCUUGAUCCUCGAUAGCAAUUUUGUAUAUAUUUGGAUAGAGAGAGCCACCGCAGAAGUAUUGCUGGCUAGAGAUGUACAAAAACAUAUAGAACCAUGCUCAGAGAGGCACCACCGCACAAGCAAUUAAAAGAUUCAAUUAUUUGGUUUUGUC